CCCCGCGGGCCCCAUGAGCCCCCUGCUCUGCCGUCUGCUGCUCGCCGCUCUCCUGCAGCUGGCCCCCGCCCAGGCCUCUGUCACCCAGACCGAUGCCCCUGGCCACCAGAAGAAAGUGGUGUCAUGGAUAGAUGUGUAUGCUCGUGCCACCUGCCAGCCUCGGGAGGUGGUGGUGCCUCUCACUGUGGAGCUCAUGGGCAGUGUGGCCAAGCAGCUGGUGCCCAGCUGCGUGACUGUGCAGCGCUGUGGUGGCUGUUGCCCUGACGACGGCCUGGAGUGCGUACCCACCGGGCAGCACCAAGUCCGAAUGCAGAUCCUCAUGAUCCGAUACCCGAGCAGUCAGUUGGGGGAGAUGUCCCUGGAAGAACACAGCCAAUGUGAAUGCAGACCAAAACAAGCACAGAGUGCUGUGAAGCUGGACAGGGCUGCCACUCCCCACCACCGCCCCCAGCCCCGCUCUGUUCCGGGCUGGGACUCUGUCCCCGGAGCACCCUCCCCAGCUGACAUCACCCAUCCCACUCCAGCCCCAGGCCCCACUGCCCACGCUGCACCCAGCGCCGCCAGCGCCCUGACCCCCGGACCUGCCGCUGCCACUGCCGACGCCGCAGCUUCCUCCGUUGCCAAGGGCGGGGCUUAGAGCUCAACCCAGACACCUGCAGGUGCCGGAAGCUGCGAAGGUGACACACUGCUUUUCAGACUCCGUGAGGCCACUUGCCCCACAGGCCACACCCCAAAGGGGGCAGAGAGAAGAGCCUGGUGAGAACAGCUCAGCCCCCCAAGACCUCAGCCUGGGUGGAAGCUGCUCCAGGACCUGGGCCUCUCAAAGGGGCUUUCCUGCCAUCCCUUGUCUCCCCAAGGCUGCCACCUAACAGGGUGGACAGAGGUAGACAAGGAAACUUGGAGGCACAGGAGGGGCCAUGUACCAGUGUAGAGGAGAACGGCACUUUGUCUGUUUUUAACCACUUGUGCAAGAGAGCAUCCUACAACUUGUGUCUCUUUUUCCUUACCAUGAAGACUCCGGACUUCUGCAAAUAAUGGAAUUUGAGCUUUGGUGUGAAAACUGUGACCCCCCACCUCACCCUACGCUGAUAAAAGAGAUGGAAGGAGCUA